AUGUCGAAGAACACGUACUCGAGUCAGUUCCGGAAGAUAGACGUCGACUCAUUGGGCGAAGACGUGUUCAAAGAGGACGAGCCGUCGGCCGACGGGUUGGCCACCAAUGGUGUCGACGAGAAGGAGGUCUCGACUCUUAUGAAUGCCGGCAAACAUUCAGAGGCACUGAAAGUAAUGCUAAACAACAGUGCAAUCAAUACGAAGAACAGUGUUAUGAAAGACAACGCCUUCGCUCUUGUCUUACAAAUACUGAUGAGUAUAAGAGUGACGGAUAUCGACAAAGCCGUCGACACCCUCUCCACCGAUCAGAUCGAUGUCCUCAUGAAGUAUAUCUACCGGGGCUUCGAGUCGCCCACCGAUGGCAGUAGUGCUCACCUCUUGAUUUGGCACCAGAAGGCCUACGACAAGGGAGGCGUCGGAGCCAUUGUCCGCGUCCUCACCGACAAGAAACGGGUUUAG